AUGUCAGCAAGAGCAGUCAGCGAAUUUUCCGGCAAGGAAAUUUUGUACAAAUACUUUGAAGGAACCGGACUCGUCAACUCGCCGUAUUCUUCUCGUGUAAAAAUUGAUAACAAUUUCAAUAAAAUCGGUAUAAACGAUGAAUGGUUAACCAAUGGAGUGAGUUGUCCCACAAAAAUCUUUGGUUAAACCCCUAAUUUUUUUCAGAAAGGAGUCAUCAAGCCAGAUCAAUUGAUCAAAGGCCGUGGAAAGAUGGAUUUGGUCAAAAUUGGUUCGCCGGAAGAAUUGAACGAUUGGCUCAACAGUAAUGCCAACAGACGUGUUAAAAUCGGUAGCUCAACUGGAACUCUCCAGACAUUUAUUGUUGAACCAUUCUGUGAUCACCAAGAAAUCGAUAAAAUGUAUAUUGCGAUUACCAGCAACAAAGAAAAGGAUACACUUAUGUUCCUUAAGCAUGGUGGUGGUAAUAUCGGAAAUGUUGAGAGCAAAGCCAGAUUCCUCAAAAUCCCGGUUCAAGUUGACGAUAAUGCGAUGUCUCCAACUGAUGAACAAUUGGACACACUUAUUGGAGUCGAUCUUCCGAAUUUCGAAGUUGUCAAGAAGUUUGUCGAUCUAUUGUACAAAGGUUAUAAAGAACUUCACUUUACAUAUUUGGAAAUCAAUUCCUUUGGUAAGAAUUUUAGGUUGGAAUUUUCAGAGUUUCCCUAAUCAAUAAUCAAAAAUAAAUAAAUUACAGUGUUUGUCAACAAUCAAAUUCAUAUUAUUGAUCUUGCUGCAAAGUUAGAUAAAUCUGCUUUCUAUACCUGUCGUGAUAAAUGGAGAAGUCGCCAAACUCCAAUGUCUGCACCAAUGCCAGUCGAUUUCCCAGCUCCAUUUGGUCGUGAUUUGACUGAAGAAGAGCAAUUUAUUGCUAAAUUGGAUGCCGAAACUGGAGCUUCAUUAAAGCUGACGACUUUCAACAGAAACGACCGUGUUUCGACAAUUUUUUCCAAUGAGGAUCUUAGUCUAGCCUUCCGGUAAGGAGUUUUCAGAACCUAGACCCAUAGCUUCCAAUCGCCUGCCGCCUGCGAUGCUCAUCUUUCCACUUAAAUUGUUAUUGUUUUCAGAGACUUCUUGGGAAAACAAAAUGUGUUGGCGAACAUGGGUGAAUAUUCCGAUGAUUCGUCGGUGUUCCAAGUCUUCACUCUUACCGAUACAAUUCUAUCUAUUAUGAUUGAAGGAGAGCCCCGAAGCGAUGGAAAAAUAUUGAUCAUCUGUGGAUCUAUCACCAAUUUCAUGAACGAUGGAAAAAAUUUUGAAGUGAGUUUUAUCAGAAAAUAUCAAUUAAAUCUUGAUAAUGAUAAUUUUGCAGGGAAUUGUCAAGGCUAUUGAAAUCUCCAUCACCAAACUCAAGGAGCACGAAGUCACCGUUUAUGUUCGAUGUGAUGGUCCGAAUUAUCAAGAAGGAUUGCGUUGUCUCAAAGAUGCUGCCGCCGAAGUCGAACUUCCAGUCCAUGUUUUUGGACCAGAAACGAAUAUGGCUGCAAUUGUCGGAGCCGCUCUCGGAACUAAUCCUCUUCCAUCAAUCCCCAUCGAGCCAAUGCCCAUCGAUGCCCAUCGAGCCACUGGACAAUUCUUGUUGAGUCCUGAAAGAAACACGGCUACUACUGAACGUCAACCAGCUUCACCGGAAUCAACAUCGACUGAAGCCAAACCUUCGAAUCAAACUACUUUCCGUGGAUUGUUUGAAAAUGAUACCAAAGCAAUCAUCUGGGGAGAACAAACUGAUGCUAUCCAGGUAUGAAUUUUCAGCAAGAUGUAUGUAUCAGAACCGAAAAAAUAAUUAUUUCAGGGUAUGCUUGAUUUCGAUCAUGUCUGCCUAAGACAUACACCAUCGGUUGUUGCAUCAAUAUAUCCAUCCACUGAAGACAACACGCAGAAAUACAACUUUGGACUGAAGGAAGUUCUCAUCCCUGCAUACAAAUCAAUGGCCAAAGCAUUUUCUACUCAUCCAGAAGCUUCUGUGAUGGUCACAUUUGCACCAACGAGCAUGGUUUAUGGAACUGUAUUGAAAGCAUUGGAAUUCCCUCAACUCAAAGUCAUUGCCAUUAUUGCUGAAGGUGUCCCAGAGAACCGAACCAGGAAAUUGUUAAAAGUUGCCGCUGAACGCGGUGUCACAUUGAUCGGUCCAGCAACAGUCGGAGGAAUCAAACCAGGUUGCUUCAAGAUUGGAUACACUGGAGGAAUGAUGGACAAUAUUCUCUCAUCAAAACUCUACCGUCCAGGAAGUGUUGCCUACGUCUCGAGAUCAGGUGGAAUGUCCAACGAAUUGAACAACAUUAUCUCACAAAACUCCAAUGGUGUUUAUGAGGGAAUUGCGAUUGGCGGCGAUAGAUAUACAGGAAGCAGCUAUGUUGAACACAUUGCAAGAUAUCAAGCUGAUGAUCGUGUCAAAAUGAUUGUUUUGCUUGGUAAAGUUGGUGGCACUGAAGAAUAUAAAAUUGUAGAAAUGCUCAACAGAGGAGAAAUCACGAAACCCUUGGUUGCUUGGUGCAUCGGAACUUCUGCAGAUCAUAUCACUAAUGAUUUUAAACUUGCCGAAACUGCAGAUUGCAAAAACGCUGUUCUUCGUGGUGUUGGAGCAAUCGUUCCCAUAUCAUUUGGCGAACUUGGAAACAAAAUCCGCGACACUUAUGAAAAAAUAUUUGUGCCACAACCCGAAGUUCCACCAUCACCAGUUCUAAUGGAUUAUGCGUUGGCAAGAGAUUUGGGACUGAUUCUUAAACCAGCAUCAUUCAUGACUUCGGUUUGUGAUGAACGUAGGGAGGAAUUGUUUUAUGGUGGAGUUUCAUACACCAAAAUUUCGGAGAGUGGACUAGGAAUCGGCACUAAUCUUGGACUUUUCUGGUUUGAGGUAAAUCAAUACUUGUGGUGGAAACUUAUAAAUGAUUUGUACAUUUCAGAAAAAUCUCCCAUUGUAUGUAAUAACGUUCAUUGAAAUGGCCAUAAUUAUCACAUCGAAUUCACAUUCUCGUAAUGAUUUCUUUUCGGGCCGUACCACUCAAAACCGAUAUGGUGGAGCUCUCGAUGAUGCUGUUGAACAGUUCACCAACGCUGUGGACAAUGGCUGGUCUCCAAUGCAGUUUGUCAAUCAUAUGGCUGACGAAAAAAAACGCAUUGCGGGAAUCGGUCACAGUGUCUAUAAUGUACGUUUUUUCUCCAAAAUCUUCAUCUGCAUUAUGGGAAAAACGUUGUUUUUUUCUCGUAUUGUUCCACUAUUAAGAACUCAUUACAUUCAAAAUAUACUCUAUAAAUCUUUUUUUUUCAGAAGAAUAAACGCUAUUUGCGUGUUGAGAGCAUUAAAAGUUAUGCAAUGAAUCGAUCGGAAUUCACCCAAGAAACUCCACUUCUCGAAUUCGCAUUGGAAGUUGAGAAAAUUAUGACUGCUAAGAAGCCAAAUCUCAUCCUUAAUGUUGAUGGUUUAAUUGGUGUCGUUUUUGUCGACAUUCUUCGCCAUAGCAAAUGUUUCACACCAGCCGAAGCUCAAGAAAUCAUCGAUAGCCGAACAUUGAAUGCACUCUUGAUUUUUGGUCGAAGACUUUGUGACAUCGGAUUUUUUUUGAGAGAAUCUCGUUUGUUCCAAGGUCAUCAUUGA